GAGGAGCCGUCGCAGCUGAUUAUCUCUAUCAUGGGACACCGAGAUCCAUUCUUAGUUCGAGGUAGAGAUGUAGAUGAAAGAAAGGCCCUGCAGAUUUUUCUGAGCAGUCCCUGCAUUUCCCUUGUCCAACUUACAUAGAGCAGGUCCUUCUCUCCCCUACCGCCCAAUGUCUUCCAAAUCCGAGCUUGACCCUCUGCUACCCCAGAACGAACCGGCGCCCGAGAUACAAGGCUAUGGCUUCUCCAAAUACAGGGGCUACGAAGGCAUACAACCUGCAGCAGACUAUAAGGAGUCUCCCAGGCAAUGGAAUGAAGGGAUCCAGCCCGAGGAGGGGUACGGAGAUGGCGCAGAAGAGGACGACGCCCGGUCCCUGUCGUUUGAAUCCACCAAAUCCGCCUUGAACAAGAUUGCGUCCAUUUUCUUCGUCGUCGUCUUUUUCGGCCUCGUGAUCGCCUUCCUGAGUCCCGACGUGGGUGGCAGCGACCCCAUUCCUACCCCGAGACCCGUGCCCGUCCCGAAACCCGGCCAAACGAUCGAGGAGCGAGCGCUGGCCAUCCUCCACCACACGCCCUUGAUCGACGGCCACAACGACCUGGCGAUCUUCAUCCGCGGCGCGUACAAGAACAAACUGCACACCAAGGAGUUUCGGGACAAGUUUGAGAAUGGAGAUAUGGAGCUGAACGUCGAUUUGCCCCGGCUGCGGAAAGGGCGAGUGGGCGGCGCGUUUUGGAGCGCCUUCGUGGUGUGUCCCGAGAAUGCCAGCGAGGACUUUUCGGACGAGCAGUACGCCACGGCCGUGUCGCACACAUUAUCCCAGAUCGACUUGAUCCGUCGCUUGCAGGGGGAGUAUACCGGCAACUUCACAUCCGCGACUUCGCCGCUCGAGGUGGCGUUGUCGAAUUUCCACAGCUCGCGGCGUCUGAUCUCGCCGAUCAGUAUCGAAGGCCUGCACCAGAUCCCGCAGUCUGCGCCCUUGUCCACACUGCGGCUGUACCAUGCGUUGGGCGUGCGCGCAGCGACACUGACCUGGAAUUGUCACAAUGCGUUUGCCGACGCUGCCUUGAUUUCAUCGCGGAAUGGCACCGUAGUGGCUCCUUACCAUCGCGGCGGGUUGACCUCGGCUGGUCGCGACGUGAUCCGCGAGAUGAACCGACUUGGGAUGCUCGUCGACAUCUCGCAUACCUCGUACUGGACCCAGAAAGCCGUGUUGAGCAACAAGACCUCGGCGGCGCCCGUCAUAUACUCCCACUCCUCGGCAUUUGCGUUAUGUCCACACCCUAGAAAUGUCCACGACGAUAUUCUGGACCUGGUCAAGGAGACGAAAUCCUUGGUGAUGAUCAAUUUUAGUCCCGGGUUCAUCUCAUGCUUGCCUCCCGCAAGCGAGAGCGUGUUGCCGGAGUUUUACGAGAAGAACAACACCCUGCAUCAGGUGGCGAGACACGUCAUGUAUGUGGGCGAGAAGAUUGGAUAUGAUUAUGUCGGUUUGGGCAGUGACUUUGACGGGAUGGGUGAGCUGACCCCCAAGGGGUUGGAAGGGGUGGAUAAAUAUCCUGAUCUGAUUGCGGAGCUGUUGAGGCUGGGCGUCAGUGAUUCAGAUGCCGCGAAGGCAGCUGGAGGGAACCUCAUUAGGGUGUGGAAGACUGUCGAGGCCGUUGCAAAGAGACUGCAACGGCAAACUCUGGAGGGCGAGGACGAAGUGAGCGGGUGGUAGCCUUGCUCAGCUCAUUCAGUGCCAGGCUGGGGUGCUGUCGUCAGGCUGACGAGAAUAGAGAAUGGGAAAUGUCACGCUUAUGAGAUCAGGCCCUAGGCGCACAACUGAGAUGGCCACAGAGAACCCAUGAACGAUAAUCCAGACCAAAGAAUGCACUAAAAAUCACGUAGGGGGGUGUGGCCGCUUUGAACCCUGCAACUAGGCCGCGAGUCAAAAAAAGGAAGAUAGACUCUCUGGCGAGGAAUUGCUAUACAGAUAAUCAGCUCUCAUCUUCGCGUGAAUUGAUAUUUUGCAACAG